GGGUAACCCAAGAAAUUAUCAUCGAUAUCACAGAAAAUGGCCAAGUUAGUAAGAAAAAGAAAAUCAGCUUCUUUGGUGUCGGAGGGGAAUGUUACUCCAAGCCCAGCUAAGAAGGCUAGAAGCGAUGCACAACAUCAUCACAGUUUCGAAUCUAUCCGUGCUUCUCGUUACAAGACAAUCAAUGACAAGCCAACUGCCAAAUCAACACCUCUUGAUCUUUUUGUGUGGGGUUCAGGUUCCAUGUGUGAAUUGGGCCUCGGUCCAGAUGCAAAGACCAAAGAAGUGAAAAGACCAAGGUUGAACCCUUUCUUGAAGAAGGAGGAGGUUGGUAUUGUUGACUUUGCAGUUGGAGGUAUGCAUGUUCUCACUCUAGAUAAAUCAAACAACCUUUGGUCUUGGGGUACCAACGAUUCAGGUGUUCUUGGAAGAGAUACUUCAGGUCAGGCUGAUAAAAACUUGAGGGAUAUCGACUCCGUUAAGGAUGAAGAUGACGAAGACGGAGACUUGAACGAAGCAGAAUCCACUCCAGGCAAAGUCGAAGGAUUACCAAAGGAUGACCAAAUUGUGAGAGUAGCAGCAAGUGACAAUUUAUCUGUUGUUUUACUCGAAAGCGGACAAGUUUGGGCUUGGGGUACUUUCAGAAACAACGAGGGCAUUUUAGGUUUCUCUAAAGACGUUAAAAUCCAGAAAACUCCUGUUAGAAUCGAGGAAUUGGAAAAUAUUGUCCAAAUAGUUGCAGGAAAGGAUCAUAUUCUAGCUUUAGAUUCUAAGGGUUUGGUUUAUGCUUGGGGUAACGGUCAGCAAUUUCAGCUUGGUCGUAAAAUAAUGGAAAGAUCAAUGAUGUCAUCACUAGAACCUAGAUCCUUUGGAUUAAAGAAUAUCAAGUUCAUAGGGUCCGGUGAAUUUCACAGUUUUGCCAUCACAAGAGACGGGAAAGUUCUUGCGUGGGGUCUCAACCAAUAUGGUCAAUGCGGUGUCGAUAUGAACAUCGAAGAUGGUGCUGUUGUUGGUAAACCAACUGAAAUCAAGUCUUUAAAGGGAAAGAAAAUUGUUUACAUUACAGGAGGUGAACACCAUUCUAUUGCAGUCUCUGAAUCGGGAGAACUGUACACCUUUGGAAGAUAUGAUAUGAAAGAAAUUGGUAUAGAGAAGGAGAAAUUACCAAUGGACGACUGUAUUGUUGAUGCACAUGGUAACGUUCGUUGUUUACCUGUUCCUACAAAAUUGACUACCUUACCACCAGUCAACACAGUUGCUUGCGGUUCCCACCACUCAUUGGCUAUAACUAAGGAUGGUCUCGUUUUUGCUUGGGGGUUUGCUGAUACGUAUGCUCUUGGGUUGGGUAAUUUAGAUGAAGAUAUUGCUAAACCAACAAGAAUUGACAACACUGCUACCAGAGAGCACCAGAUCGAGAUAGUUGGUUGUGGAGGACAAUUCAGUGUCAGUGCUGGUAUCAAACUUGAUGAUGAAAAGGUUGAAGAAAGGCUUGACAAAAUCGAACAGUUUGAAGAAGAACUUGAAAAGUAGACAGGCAAGUGACUUUUCUGUCUGAUGUACUUAAUAAAAAAAUUUAUAGUUUAACUAAAAAUAAUGUUUUGUAAUUUUUUCCCUUUCAAAAAAAAAGCAUGUAAAAUAAACAGGAACA